AUGCAAGAUCCACAAUGUUUAUGGACUGCCUGGUCACCAUGCACCGUAACUUGUGUGAGUCGAGGGUCAAGUUCGGUCUACUCCCAGCAAUGGCAACGAUUCAUCUGCAAGAGUUUGAACAAUUCGGACAACAAUUCUUCCAAUUCCAUAGCAAAAUUUCGUUCCUGUGCACAUAUGAUACCUCUGUGUGUAUCGGAUGAAGGCUUCUCGGUAGCAUUUCAAAAUUUUUUCUUUUUGGCAAUAUUCCUAGUUUGCAUAUUACUAGCAUUUUUGCCAAACAUGAUUCUCGGUUUACGUUAUAUGCGAGUUUGGGUUUGGAAAAGUCGAAAAUCUGGACAGAAAAGUGAACAAUCUGUUCCAUCAUUCAAGGAAGCAUAUGCUGAUAAUUUCUUGUCGAAUCAAACCUGA